AUGCAUCUCCUCGGCCCCUUGUUCCUGCUCCUCGGUAAGGACGGUGGCCUGGGCUGGUGCUUGGGUGCUGAGGUGACUGUGGAGUUGGAGGAGGAGGAGCAAUCUGGGACAGAAGAGCAAAUGUGGGGUUACUUGGCUUCUUCUGACUCACAAGUUUGGAAAUUUGAGCACCCGAAAAUCCUCUACGCCUGGGAGGGGUCCUGCAUCUGGAUUCCCUGCCGCUAUACAUUCACAGGGAAUAGAGAUACCCCGAAAAACCUGACUGUGUACCAGCAUUAUAACUAUGACGACAAGGCCAAGAACUACAAUGGGACAAUCCUCUACGAGAGUAUAGGCAUGACGGUGCCUGUCCCUCAGGGAAGAGUACAGUUCCUGGGAGACAGCAGAUCCAACUGCAGCCUACUCAUUCACCCUGUCAAAGCCCAAGACAGCGGUAAUCUGGGGCUGAGGAUGACAUCUGGGACAGGUAGCAAAUGGAUGCAGAAUAUAGACCUCAAUGUCUCCAAGACGGCCCCUCCACCUCACGUUGAGCUCCCUUCGGACAUCCAGGAGAACCAGAAAGUCAUUCUGACCUGCUGGCUGGAUUUUUCCUGCCCUGAGUACCAGAUAAAAUUGCAGUGGUCCCUGGAGGAUUCAGAACUUCCCACUGACGUCCCCUCGACUUCCCUGACCACCACGACGGUCUCCACCCGGAGCCAGCUCACAUUCUGGCCUCAGUGGACCCACCACGGCAAGAACCUGGCCUGCCAACUCCGGAAGGACGGGGCGGACGGGCUGCUCUCUCGGGAAACGGUGCGGCUCGAUGUGAAGCACCGCCCCAAGUUGAAGACCGAGGUCAUUCUUGGAGAAGCCACUGUAAAGUUGAAGACCGAGGUCCGUCCUGGAGAAGCCUAUGUGACGGAGGGCGAGUCUGUGACCAUGACGUGCCAGGUCAUCAGCAGCCACCCAGAGUGCCAGUCUCUAUCCUGGCGCAAGGAUGAAAAGGUCCUGAAAAAGCAGGAGCCACCGCAGAGGGAGAAGACGCUCGUACUAGCUCUGUCCAGAGUGACCAGGUGGAUGGGUGGGAAGUACCGCUGUGAGGCCCACAAUGAAGUAGGCUCGGAAGUCUCAGAAGUGGAUCUCCAAGUGCACUAUGCUCCGGAACCUUCCGAGGUUCAGAUUCUCCCCUCACCAGCUCCGGAGAGAAGCACAGUGAAACUGACCUGUCUAUCACAGGCCAAUCCUCCUCCAACAAAUUAUACCUGGUAUCACAAUAAGGAUACACUAUGGGACAAGACAGACAAGUCCUUUCAGAUCCCAGAGGUCCUCCUCAGUCACGCUGGGAGUUAUUCCUGCUUGGCACAGAACAGUCUCGGUCUUGGACAACUUGGUCAGGCAGCUGAGUUGGAUGUCCAAUAUUCCCCCAAGGAGGUAACCACGGUGAUUCAAAACCCCACACCAAUUCGAGAAGGAGACAACGUGACCCUGUCCUGUAGCUAUACCUCCAGCAACCCCCGCGUUACCAGAUAUCAGUGGAUGCCCCAAGGCUCCUGGAAAGAGCUAUUACCUGGGGUGGUGAUGAUUCAAAGAGUUCCCUGGAAUGCCGUGCCCUUCACCUGUGCAGCCUGUAACCAGUGGUGUUCAUGGGGUCGCCCCGUCAGCCUGCAGGUCCAGUAUGCCCCCAAAGGCGUUGAGAUCCUGCUGUUUAGCCCCCAUUCUGAGAUUCAGUCUGGGCACUCCGUCCUCCUCCAGUGUAACUUCUCAAGUAGCCAUCCCAUGGAUGUCCGCUUCUUCUGGAAGAAAAACGGAACCUUUCUGAAGGAAGGAAGAAAACUGAGCUUUGACUCCAUCUCUCCAGAAGAUGCCGGGACUUACAACUGCUUGGUCAACAACUCCAUAGGACAGAGCAUGUCUGAGGCCCGGGUGCUGCAAGUGCUAUAUGCACCUAGGAGGCUACGGGUGUCCAUCAGCCCUAACGACGGAGUGACAGAGGGGAAGAAGGCAGUCCUGACGUGUGAGAGCGACGCCAACCCGCCCGUCUCCCACUACACCUGGUUUGACUGGAAUAACCAAAACCUUCACCAUGAUCACCAGACGCUGAGACUGGACCCUGUGAAGAUCCAGCACUCAGGCGCCUAUAGGUGCAAGGGAUCCAACCACCUGGGUGUGGACCAGUCGCCCCCCAGCACCCUCACUGUCUACUACAGUGCACAGACCAUUAGCAGGCAGGUGGCCCUGGGAUUGGGGGUCUGUCUGGCCAUCAUCCCCCUGGCAUUCCUGGGGGUCAAGCUUCAUCACAGCUGGAAGAGGAUUCAGAGCCAGCAAGGGCUUCAGGAAAAUUCCAGUGGGCAGAGCUUCUUUGUGAGGAAUAAAAAGAUAAGAAGAGCCCCCGUCUCUGACAGCCCCCACCCCAUGGGCUGCUACAAUCCGGUGGUGGAAGACUCCAUCAGCUACGCGGCUCUGCACUUCCCCUCCGGGGAGCACGACGCACCGAGGACUGGGGGUGCAGGGACCCCAGAGGCACGGAGACCUUCCCUACAUAGGGACAACACGGUCACUUACUCCGUGGUGCAGAAGCAUCAAGUGGGCGACUACGAGAACGUGACCCCACGUGUGCUGGAAGACGAUGGGCUACAUUACUCGGAGCUGGUGCACUUGGGGUUUGGGGAGCGGCCUCUGAGACAAGAGGAAGUGGAAUACGUGACCCUCAAGCGCUAAAGGGUCAAACUGGCUGAAGUGGAGGUGCCUAGGGGACAGGAUGGUCACGGGCCCUGCACCCCUGCUGCUCAGCUGAGAAGUUACACGGUCUCCCCUUACACACGCAUGCACACAAUGCACACGCAUACAUGCACACACACGAGUGCACACAUGUACAGUUACUGCACCCCAGUCGGUACGGAGAACUUUGGGCAUGGCCCAGAGACAGUGUUCCCUCUCGGCAUCGGUAACCUCGACCAUCCAAAAGGCCUGGCCCCGGUCCUAUCCCACGUGCCUUCCCUCCCAGAAACGUACCUGAACACCUAG